UACUAUCAAAAUAUUUUGAAAAAAUCCAGUUCAGAUUUUAAAGUCACUUAAGUUAUUGUUUUUCAAAAUUAUAUUACUUUCAAAAUUAAAAAGUGUAAAACAUUGUUUUGUCUUGUCUUGUAAUCAUAUAAAGUGAAAAUGAAAGCAGAAUGGUCGAAAGCGUUUAUAGUGCGGCCACGCGAUAAUUUGCAGUCACAUGUUUACAUAAAACAAAAGAAAUUCGUACCAUCUUACGAGAAUGACCCUUGUCCUAUUCCGAUGAACUGGCUCAUGGGCUGGGAGUACGCACGUAUUUGGUUGCGUGAGCGGGAUGAUUAUAUUAGUGCACGCCUGCGCAAAUCCAAAGCAAAAAGAAUUAAAAACGAUUAUACCGCUUGGCUACUUAAACGACAAAUCAAACCCAAAAAAAUCAGCUAGCAAAUGGUUUAAAAUACACGAAUCUUAGUGAAAGCAACUUAUUUUGAUUUAUUUUCAAAUUUCCAAAUUGUUUGUUAAUUUGUUU